AUGAAAGAAAAUUCUGAAUAUUACCAUAUAAUAGAUGAUUCUGAAUAUUAUUAUAAUAAUAAUUUUAUCAUAGAAACUGCGAAAAAUUCAGUAGCCCCAUCUGAAAUUUCUUGUUCAUCAGAAACUGCUACGUCUAGUAUCCAGCCUAUGCCUCUUUCUACGUAUAACCGUAAAGAGCCAUCAUUCACUCACGAAUACUUUGAAACAACAGUCAAUCAAAAAGGUGAAGAAGUACGAGUCUGCAAGGUCAUAAACGAAGAUGGUGAAAAAUGUGGCACAGAAUAUAAAAAUAUAAGAAGUUCAACAGGAAAUCUUAUCACGCACCUUAGAGACACCCACGAAAUUGUUUCACAAGAUGAUAGAGAAAAUAUAAAAAAG